AAGGGGUCGAUCAGCAUGAAGAAUCUUUCAGCAAAACAAAAUAUUUCAUUUACAGACUUUGAACUCAAUGGUUUUUACAGCCUUGAAUGGAGGCCUUAUUUAUUUAUCCCUUUCUUUCUGAUGUUUAUAUUGUCCAUAUCUGCAAAUUCUACACUCAUAUAUUUAAUCAUAUCUCAAAAGUCUCUGCAUUCUUCUAUGUAUGUGCUAAUAUGUCUUCUGGCCAUUGUGGACUUAAUAAUGCCAGUCCUGUUUGUACCUAACAUGCUUGUUAACUUUUUAUUUAACUGGACUGGGAUAUCUUUAACUGGUUGCUUGACCCAAAUGUUUUGUCUUCAUUUUGUUGGAACAUUUCAGUCUACUUUGCUUUUAUGGAUGGUACUAGACCGUUACUUUGCUAUAUGCAAACCUCUUUAUUAUAAUAAAUACAUGGAAAUCCGCAAUUUUCUAAAUUAUGUCAUUGUUUGCCCCCUCGAGGAAUGCAGUCUUGAUCAUUUGCCUUGUCUUUUUGGCUGGAAAACUGCCAUUUGUGUAACAAAUAUUAUCGAUCACUGUUUUUUUGAACACAUGGCAUUGGUUCAGCUGGCAUGUGGUGAUAUAUCCAUUAAUAACUUCGUAGGACUUUUAACUGCUUUUCUUAUACCAACAGCUGAUUUUAUUCUCAUUACAGCUUCCUAUGUUGUGAUUUUUGCCUCUGUGUUCAAAUCUAGUAAAGCCCAUGGGAAGGCCAUUAAUACAUGUAUUACUCACUUUAUUGUUAUGUCAGUUUCUUUGACUUUUGCCUUGACUGCAUUUCUGUCAUACACUGUAAAAAAUUAA